CUCUCUCUCUCUCUCUCUCUCUCUCUCCUCCCCCCCCACACACACGCACCGAUAUCUAAUUCGCUCUUUGAUUUGAGGUUGGCAUCACAUUAAUUGUGGGAGCUUUUGUCCGUUAGGGAGAUUCAGAAUUCUAAAAAAUGCGGGGUCGUGUGCGAUGGAAUGAGGCAAACUUGAAUGAGAUUGAAACAAAUAAACCAGUAAGGCAGAAAAUCACUGAGCCUAAGACACCAUAUCACCAUAUGAUUGUUGAUGAGGAUGGUUCUGUGUCACCAAAACGUGCUUUUGAUGAAUGCUUGGAUGAAUCUGCUUAUGCAGAAGCAAUUCUUACUGCCUUGAAUGAUGUAGCUUCUUCAAGCAGACGGGAUGGGGGUUGGACAUCUUCUGAAGAUGAACCAGAUACCAUGAAACAAGAUGAAGAUUCCGAAACAGAUAGAGCAAGAUUAAGUUUCAAGGAGCACCGACGGGCUCACUAUGAUGAAUUCCGUAAGGUGAAGGAAUUACUACGGACAGGAUCUCUUAUAGAUGAUGAGGUGGACGAAAACAACAAUGGCCAGGAAAAGGGUGAGAAUUCGGCUUCUUUGAUGGCUGGUGUGAAGGACAUUGGUGAAGCUCAAAACACUGAGCUAAAUCAAAAUCAAGAGAUGCAUCCUCCAUGUGACAGAGCCUGUAAAUAAUAUUUAUUGUUAUUUAAGCUGGCAUAGAGUGAGUCUAGUGUGGAGAUGCAUGACUUACUUUCUCUUUUGUUGAAGAACAUACUAGUUCAUGACUGAGAAAACUCUAAGCUAGCAGUACUCAACUUUCCGAUGUGAAGUCACCAGUUCUCUAAUCCAUGUAGACAUGUUCCCUUUUACUUUCUUUUGCAACAGCAGAUGUUGCUAUAGUUUCAAAGUAGCAUGUUGUAGGACUCUUACAUGGAAACGAUGUAUAAAAUAUUUUGCCAGCUAUUGACCUGUCA